AUGACCCCUCCAUCCGACUUGGAUCCGUCACGAUGUAGGCUUCUGGGACCCACCGCACUCGUCGUUCAGGCUUUGAUGGGAGUACUGGUCAUCACUUCUUUGGUUAUCAAACGUCAAUUGGAGAAGAAAAGAAGACCAUGGAGAAUUUGGACAUGGGAUGUGGGAAAACAGCUCGUUGGACAAGGUGUCAUACAUCUUCUUAACCUUUUGAUAUCUGACGUUGUCGCUCAUGCCGCUCACAACAACCCUUGUUCACUAUACUUCCUUAACGUAUUGAUCGACACCACAGUCGGUGUGGCUAUCUUUUACUUUGCCUUGAAAGGUCUGACUUGGUUUAUCACCCAACGUCUGGGGUUGGAGGGGUUUCAGAGUGGCAAAUAUGGGAAUCCACCCAAACCUCGAUUCUGGUGGCAGCAACUCAUCCCCUAUCUCAUCUCUAUCAUCCUCAUGAAACUUCUCGUACUUCUUCCCCUCACCUUACCUGGUAUCUCCCCAUUGAUUAUCCGUCUAGGACACGACCUCCUAGCCUAUCUCAACCCCGACGCUCAAGUCAUAUUCGUCAUGGCCAUCUUUCCCCUCAUCAUGAACAUUCUCCAAUUCUGUCUAGUUGAUCAAGUCAUCAAAGCU